AUGAAGAGCUAUAAAAAGCCUCAACAAUCAAGUAGCAAGUCAACUCAAGGAAUGAAGAGUAUAAAAAAGUCCCAGAAACCAAAAAAGUUCCGGCAAUCAAAUAGUAGUCGACACAAAGAAACGAAGGAAACAAAAUUCAUAAAUGAAAAGUAUCUUUCAAUAACCAGAGCUCCUUCAUUUAACGAUUUUGCGUCAAAGUUGACUGGUCCAAUCGCUGUUAAAUAUUAUAAGACAGCUGUACUCCUGUAUAGACUUCCUGGUGCUGCUCUACAAAAACAGCCUAAAACUACUACAAUUACAUUUAAAACUAUCUUUAGCUUGACUUCUGCCUUGAUUCCUUCUGUUCAAGUAGAUGAAGUAUUUUCAGGAGAAGAGGAAGGGGAAAAAACAGUUGUUGACGAUAACGAUGACGGGUAUGAGAAUGAGGAAGUAGAAGCCAACAAGAACAGUAGACAUGUAGAAGAAGAGCAAGCGAGCAGUGUCGAAGAAGACAUUGUAGAUGACAGCAACGAAAACAGCUCUGUAGACGAAGAUGUAGAAGAUGGGGUCAACGAAGCACACGAUAAAUUGGUUCAGUCUCUUAUAUCUAAAAUCCUCAAUGACAAAUUCAUUAAAGUAUAUUAUGAGGUUAAAAACAAAAGCAAUUUGGUACAAGUUUUAUAUCAAAAAGCAGCAUCAGCGACACAAGACAGUAGUACAACAAAAGAAUACGUAGAGUUUUUAAAGUUAUCUGUUUCAAAAUGUUUUAAUAUGGUGCAUCCUCUUAUUCGACAGCGCUCUGGCUCAGUGCUAUCAAAAGAUCAAUUAAAAACUAUUUACAAAGUUUGCUCUCAUCACAAAAACAAGUUUGAAAGUAUGAGUGUUCCCAAUAGCUCAUGUAUUGACAAGCUUUUUGAUGAACUAAAACAGUUUCAGCAUGAUGUAAGUGAUCAUCCAAUCAAGACAUAUAUUGAUAAUGAAAAGAGCAAAGAAACAAACAAAAAUAGCGAUCAUUAUUUACUUUUAAAAAUCAUUGAAAGAAGGCAACACAUUGAUAACUUCAAAAAACUGGAAAAAAAGAAUAUUUCAGAGUCAACCUUUUGCAGCAUUUUUCGAGACAUUGUGGAUGUGAUACUUUAUAAUACAAAUAUAGAGAUUGAUGAUGGGUAG